AUCGAAUCAGUCUCACGAAUCACGUAAUGUGACAGGACCAAACUGCUUUAAGAUCCGUAAAUGGCCAACGAUAUACUCGAUGGUUCGUACUGAUCUUAUCUGGGCCGCCCGGUCGCAGUUGACACUUUUCUCUCCCGUCACCGACGACCACGCAUCGGGCGGAGGCGAUGGAGAGCACCGUGGAGGCACUGAGCGCUGCCUAUGACGAGUUCGUAGCUGCGGCGGCGGCCGCCCUGGAGGCAAAGGAGCAGUCCGGCGGGCAGAAGACGCCCGUCACCGACGCCGCGCUCGAGGCCUUCAAGCAGCGGUGGGAACUCUUCCGCGUCGCCUGCGACCAGGCCGAGGAGUUCGUUGAGUCUAUGAAGCAGCGCAUCGGCUCCGAGUGCUUAGUCGACGAGGCAACCGGCGCCGCACCCUCCAAGGCUGGCCGCCCUGCCACGGCACCCGGGAUCCCGCCCAUCAGCGCCGUCCGGCUCGAGCAGAUGAGCAAGGCCGUCAGGUGGCUCGUCAUCGAGCUCCAGAACGGGUCCGGGGUUGGCGCAGCCGCCGCCGCUGCGGCCCAUCCCCAUGUUUCCGCGCCCUUUGACGCCCGGUUCUCCGACGACGCCGGACAAUAGGUGAGAGGAAGAGGCAAAAUGGUGUUCUCGGAGACAGGACAGCAUCUGCAUUCAGUAGUAAGAACUUGUGCUCAUAGUUUGUUGGGACUCUCUUGAAAUAUGUACAAGAUUUGCUGCCAUUCUAAUCCUGUGAGACUGGAAAAUGGUUAAUGGGAUGUCACUAAUUUAGAACUC